GGACAGAUGAAUUUCGGCUUUGUUUUUACUCAAGGCGUAGAACUAGUGCAAUGGAAAUGAAAAAAUUCGUACACAAAGCAAAGACUGGAUUGUGGUCAACGUUGGACAUUUUGAGAUAUUUAAGGAUGUAUCUCUCAAUGGCUCGAAGAUAGCAAAAGAGUCUCAAGCUCUGUGCAUAUGCGCAUGUGGAAAGACAUAAGACAGUGUUUAUUGGUGGCUUCUUUACAAAUUCUUUACUGUUAAGAUUGAUGUGACUCUCGCGAGACACUGAGGAGUACCGUCUCAUCUCUCCCCCCUUUCCUUCCCCCAAAAAGAAAUUGGCAAGUGCUUGGAAUCAAUAAUUCUCCAGCGUCUUUGUCUCCUUUCUGGCCUGAUUCGAAAUCGGAGAUUCUACAGGCUCAGAAAUCCUGGUUUCUUUGUUGUUAUGAUCUUGCUUCAGCCUUUGAAUAAAAUGGCGAGGCGUGAGGACCAUUAUUUCUCGCUGCUAUGCAUGUCCUUUGAAGUUUGAGGCUUCCUUGUUUGAUACUCAAGUCUCGAGGAAAUAUAUAAAAUUCCGCGAUAGGGUGAGUAAACAUCAUUGAUUUGUUGUUGUUUCAUUUAUACAUACUUCGUCCCACUUUGCAAUCGCUCAAAACAUCCCAAAGACUUCGAUAUGCCACCAAAAAGAGCUCAAUGCAAACAUGUCGUUUUAUCCGACGAAGAACUCAAAUCUGGAAUUACCACGUUGGAAAACGUACAAGCUGGAGUAGAAGAAUUUCAUUCAAAUGGACUGGUCAUAUUUGAGAAUGCCAUUCCUCAUGAUAUUGUCGAUAAAUUUUACGAGAAGAUAAAUGCCGAUGGUGCCAGCAGAUUGGAAGAUCCGAAAGUAGCUUUCAAUCAUGGCAACGAGAAAACCAAUUUCUCCACAUGUCCCCCUCUAUCCAAAGAGUGGCUCGUGGAAGAUAUAUGGGCCAACAAACAUGCUGCAGCAGUAAUGGAGGCUGUAAUUGGGAAACCACAAUUAGCAUACACAGGAAGCAAUAUCAACCUUCCAACUGCAGAUCCAACAUCUCGUCAAGCCGUGCAUGUAGAUUCUUACCACGAACACCACAAAUUUCCCACCUGCAUCGAACUUUUCAUGUACCUCCAUGAAGUAUCACCCACAAACGGUUCUACCGAAAUCUGGCCCGGCUCUCACCACGAGUGGAAUUUGGGAAAUCAUGAGAGCCAUGGUCGUGGCUGGGUAAAAGCAUCAGCUUUCAAUCGUCGCGCAGAACAUUCUCCUCCAUUCCAACCGACUAUUCCUAAGGGUUCCAUCGCCAUCCGCGAUCUCCGUCUUUGGCAUGCCGGCAUGCCCAAUCUGUCAGAUCAAAAUAGAAUUAUGCUCGGAUUUAUUUAUUUUCCUCGCUGGUACCGUAAUCCCAUGCGCAUUACACUUCCCCAAAACUGUAAAUCUGUCGUGGAGAAAUGGACGCAGGUUGAUGCUAUUGGGGCGACGCAAUUCGUGGAUGGGGAAGUGGAUCAUUUGGAUCAGACAUUGGGAAUGUUGGCCUAUUUGAAUUUUACGCAGGAUCCGGAGACGGGGAUUAAACAGAUUCGGGAGAAGAUUGAUCUGGCACAGGGAAGAGAACCGAAUGCGGUACUGAAGGUUACGGAGAAUGAUUAUUGGGUUCCGGGGAGGAAGAGAUUGAGUGAUAGGGUGACGGAUGGCCCGGGUGGUAAGAACGAUAGGGGGAAGGCGAGACAGAGGGGGAGGGGCAAAGGAAGGGGACAGUUUGAUUCUUUGAAGCCAAAGGGUGGGAGGAUAAAGAAAAGAACUGGGAAGUAGGUGACGAAAAACAAAUCCAAGAACGAGUGAGGACGGUGGAAUGGUUGCUAUCUCUUCAAGGUCUUAUAUAUUUAUUGUCGUUCUCUUUUAAUUGUAUAGUAGCACGAAACUAAACCAAUCCAUACUGCUGCAGCUAGUUAAUAUUCAUUUAUUGUUGCUGAAUAUCUAAUCUUUCAUGAUCCA